CGGGGCUGCAAAAACCUGAAAAUGCAAAGCAGAUGGAGCCAAACCCGAGCUGCUCCCCAACACCCGACCCUUCAUGUUCGCAGGUGAAAACAUGCUGAAGCAAGUCGUUUCGUUCAGCCGCUCCUUGGUGCGCAGGAAGGUGGUGGACAUGAACAGCUUGGAGGACUCCAAGCUGUGCCGCUGCCUGGGAACCGUAGACCUCAUUGCCCUGGGGGUGGGCAGCACCCUGGGGGCUGGCGUCUACGUGUUGGCCGGAGAGGUGGCCAAGGGAGACUCGGGCCCCAGCAUCGUCAUCUCCUUCCUCAUCGCCGCCCUGGCCUCCGUCAUGGCCGGCCUGUGCUACGCUGAGUUUGGGGCCCGCGUCCCCAAGACCGGCUCCGCUUAUCUCUACAGCUACGUGACGGUGGGGGAGAUCUUUGCCUUCAUUACUGGCUGGAACUUAAUCCUCUCUUAUGUCAUUGGUACGUCCUCGGUUGCCAGAGCUUGGAGCGGCACGUUUGACGAGAUGACUGGCGGACACAUCGAGGUUUUCUGCAAAACCUACUUCAGCAUGAACUCUCCUGGCUUGGCUCCGUAUCCUGACUUCUUUGCCGUGUUCCUCAUUCUGCUGCUCUCUGGGCUCUUGUCUUUUGGAGUGAAGGAAUCAGCCUGGGUCAACAAGGUCUUCACUGCAAUCAACGUGCUCGUCCUCUUGUUUGUCAUCAUUUCUGGCUUCGUCAAAGGAGACGCAUACAACUGGAAGAUAACCGAAGAAUCUCUCGUCAAUGUCACGAUAGUCACAAGGAACUUGUCGGCAACAGCCAAUGUGAGCAGUGAUUAUGGUGUUGGCGGCUUCAUGCCCUACGGCUUCAGCGGGACGUUAGCCGGAGCCGCCACCUGCUUCUACGCUUUUGUCGGAUUUGACUGCAUCGCAACAACAGGAGAGGAGGUGAAAAACCCCCAGAGGGCCAUUCCCAUCGGCAUCGUGGUGUCACUGACUGUAUGCUUCCUGGCGUACUUCGGUGUCUCUGCUGCGCUCACCCUGAUGAUGCCCUAUUACCUGCUGGACGAGAAGAGUCCCCUCCCCAUGGCCUUUGAAUAUGUGGGCUGGGGCCCCGCCAAAUAUGUGGUUGCUGUGGGUUCACUAUGUGCCCUGUCUACAAGUCUGCUGGGCUCCAUUUUCCCCAUGCCUCGUGUAAUCUAUGCUAUGGCAGAGGAUGGGGUGCUUUUCAAAGCCUUAGCCCGAAUCAAUCCUAAGACGAAGACCCCAGUUAUUGCCACUAUGAGCUCCGGUGUAGUUGCAGCCAUCAUGGCUUUCUUGUUCGACCUUAAGGCCCUGGUGGACAUGAUGUCUAUUGGAACUCUGCUGGCCUACUCGCUGGUUGCCGUCUGCGUACUCGUUCUCAGGUACCAGCCAGACGGAGCUCUGGAGAGGCAGCCAGGAAAAGGUGAGAAGAACUGCUUAGCAUCCGAAGAGUCCGAACUGACAGAGUCAGAGUCCCACCUGAACAUGCUGAACGGUGGAAACUCCAUCCUUCAGACUGUCCUCCACCCUCCCCUCUUACCGUCCGAGAAGUCGUCUUCUGUGGUCAACAUGUCCAUCGGUGUCCUGGUGAUCGUAGUGUGUGUCAUCAGCUAUCUCACCACCUACCACUUUAACUCAAUGGUUGGUUUGGAAGUGUGGAUUUUGGCAUUGCUGUCCGUGUGCCUCCUUAUCUUCAGCUUCUGCGUGUUCAUGAUCUGCAGGCAGCCGCAGACCACCAAGAAGGUCUCCUUCAUGGUGCCCUUCCUGCCUUUCCUGCCUAUUCUGAGUAUAUUUGUUAAUAUUUACCUCAUGGUCCAGCUGAGUGGAGACACCUGGAUACGUUUCUCUGUCUGGAUGGCUGCAGGCUUCUUGAUCUACUUCGGCUAUGGCAUUUGGCACAGUGCCGAGCGGCAGCGCCACCGUCAGGACGCGCACGGCAACGGCGACGCAAACCAGCUGAACAUGAAAGCCAUCCAGGACAAGCAGGCCGAGACGAACGAGGCGGGAAAGGAGCAGGAGCGCUUCAUCAGCCCGGACAAAACCAGCCAGUGUUAAAGCUUACGGACUGUUCCACAGACUCCGAGAGGCAGCAGAUGCAAAACGAAACAAAAACAAAACAAAGAAACAAAAAAGCGACUCAAGCCUCGACGCACCUGUACAUUACGGCUCCUUCGUGUGUACGAAUCUCACUAUAGCACCUUCGGUCUGCUAACGCAGUGUCAGUAUUCUGGUGAGGAGUUGCUCCGUCUCUGCGACCACAAAGACGUAGAUCCCAGAGCGCUCUCUGGACGCCAUGGAGGGAAAAAAACCCCCCCAAAAAUAAAAACAGGACAGGUAACACACUGGAGAGUGAAUUCAGAUGAGGAAGCAGUCAUCGUAGGGCUGCAGCAAACACACACGGCUUCCUGAGGGACUGGACAUCACGGUGUAUAAAGCACAUUUUUUCCCCUUCUUUUCUCCUGUGAUAUACAAACACUUGUAAGAAACUCUUUUCAGUUUUUCUUUUCUGACUACGUGUUCCAUGUCGUCGACAAUUUGUGUUUGUAAUUAUGAAAAUGUCAGUAGAAAAUCCUCGACACGCGUUGACCUUCAGUGGAUCCCAUGGUUGUUCAAACGACUGAAAGGUUGGGUGUUUGUAAUGGCAACGUGACAAAUCAUUUCCAGACUUUUUAACCAACGUUACGGUGAUAUUUCCUGCAUAAUUCAAGCAAAAGACAAAUCUGUCAGGAAGGAAGAUAACUGUGUGCGCAGCCGGAGUGAAGCUGGCUGCAAGUUUUGUUUGAAAGACACCAAAAUUAGGCACUGCGUCUAUGUAAACAUGAUCACAAAGAGAGGAUACAGUCUGACCUCUUUGGUCGAAGGUCAGACCAAAGAGACAGAAAACCACAGAGGAAGAAGAGGAUGGUCUGAUCAUAAAAUCUCAAAAUAUACAGUUACAUUAAAGGGUGAGAAAAGUUUUGAAAUUAUUGAUCUGCAUCUGAUUUUUUUUUUUUGGAUCACUGCUGGAAAGCCACUGUAUGUGCAAAGUGUCAGUUAGCUCAGUCAUGAUUGACCGUAGCUGAAGUAGUGCGGGAUAAUCCUUGAGAUUAUUCAGUUUAAAUCUUCCCUGUAGUAACUAAAGCCUCUGUAGCUGUGGUUGUAGUAAGCACAGGUCGGCUAGGUUUUCAUUAUUAUUAUUAUUAUUAUUGCUUCAGUUUGUGUCGACUAUGAACUGCUAUGAUUAGAAACGGAGUGUGGCGUGAAGGUUUUAUGAAAAUAUAUGGUUUUGUUUCAUACUAUCCCACUUAUGACUUGCUGUAUUCUUCUUCCAGGCUGAUAUGUUGUGCUAUUUUGAUACAGUAGUAGGUGAAUGAAAAUAUUAUCUUCAUUUUCAGUCUUUUAUUACAACCAAACUCUUGUCAUAGCAACUUUAAAGAGUUUCUCUGGGAUGAAGGGGAAGGUUUAUUAGAUUUAUUGUUUUUUUCUGGUCUUUUUAACGCCUUCUGUCGUGGUGAGGGAGGUUUAGCUGAUAAUAAUGUGCAACAGCUUACCUGCACUGCCAGUAUUUUUCUUUUUUUUAUGCUGACGAAAUACAAAAUUAAAGAAGAGGUGAAACACA